CGGGUAGCGGCCCGCUCCCGGAGGGGGCGGCGUGGGGAGAAACCCGCCGCGCGUCUGCAAAGGCAGGGGGCGCCUCGCGGGCCUACGGGCCGGCCACUGAGCCAGCAGAGGGAGACCCACCAGAGGACGGGCCUGGGCCUUUCGGACAGACCCCUGGCGGCGGCAGCAGCGCCCCGCGAGGUGGUGUGCAAGGAGGGGGUGCGAGGCCGGGUGCUGGUGUCUCUCUAGCUCACUUGGAAUAGUUAAUUCCUAUUACCUCCCCUCGGGACGUGACCUGUUCAGUGACCUCAUGUGGCACGCUCUCCCCACCGGACACUUACAAUUUGCAAAUCCCCCCCCCCCCCCUUGGCAUCACACACCAGAACGUGUUUCCCACUAGCGUAGGUGAACCUGACGGGGCAUUAGAACUGGCUGCACAGUCAGUGCUGUUAGUCUGAGUGUGGUAAGCUCAAGAUGUGUAUGACUGCAUAUUACACUGAUUGUAAGAUGUAGCUCCUCUGUUUUGUUUUCACCAAAUAUUUGUUUCGAAAGAUUUCAGAAAAAGGAAACUCAGGUGGAAGCAGUAGCAAUAGAUUCAUAUGUGUUAGGACUAUUUUAGAAGUAAUUUUUUUGCCAUUUCCUAGUUGGUACUGUAAAAGUGUUGGUUAAACCCUGGAUAAUUCUUGGAGUUUAGCAAUGUUGUGUUCUUUGGAGAGUUGUUUAAAAAAAAAAAUCUUGGUUUACUUGGCAAUGUUAAGUGGACCAGUAUUUUGUAUUUAAUUCUCAGUUCUGCUCCACCAGCUACAAAAACAAAUAGAAGUCUACCGUCUGCUUAUUUUUCUUUUUUAGAUGUGCUGGAGUGUGCAGCUAUGAAGGAAGAGGUGGGAUGUGUUCCAUCCGCCUUAGUGAGCCACUCUUAAAGCUAAGACCAAGAAAGGAUCUUGUAGAGACACUCUUGCAUGAAAUGAUUCAUGCCCUAUUAUUUGUCACUAACAAUGACAAAGACCAUGAAUCCCAUGGGCCAGAGUUUUGCAAACACAUGCGUCGUAUCAAUCGCCUGACUGGAGCCAAUGUUACAAUCUAUCACAACUUUCAUAAUGAGGUGGAUUCAUAUCGCCAACACUGGUGGCGCUGUAAUGGUCCAUGUCAGAGUAGAAAACCUUAUUAUGGAUAUGUGAAACGCGCAAUGAAUAGGGCACCUUCUGCGCGAGACUUCUGGUGGUCUGACCACCAACAGACCUGUGGAGGAACGUUCUCAAAAGUAAAGGAGCCAGAGAACUAUUCUAAAAGAGGCAAGGAAAAAACCCAGAUAGGAAAGCUUUCAAACUCUGAGCCAUCUAAUUCCAAAGGAAGGAUACGUGGAGGUGAUAUACAAAGCCUAAUUCCUUUUAGUGGAAAAGGAUAUCAGCUUGGAGGAGCAGGCCUUUGGUCUUCUGAGAGACACAAAAGUUCCAACAGUAUUAAGGGCAGAGAAAUACCAAGUCCACAAUGUUAUUCAGCAGCUGGAACCGCAAGAUCAGUUCCUAAAAAUGAACUAAAAUUUGAACCAAACACAUUCAGUACCAGCAUUUCCCAUCCAGUUUUUACUGAUUGCUCCAAUCAUAAAAACAGCUUUGCUUUGAACCACAAGUUUCCUAAAGUAUCUGUCGCUAAUACAAAAGCUUACAGGAAUGUUGAUGGGUCGCCUGUUAAAAUUUCUCCUGUUAAUGGAGGAAAUUUGAACCAAAGUCCUACAAAUGCCAAGUCGGUUUUUCCAUCUUUUAAUGAGACACCAAAACAAACUUCCUUUGAACAAGCUGAGACAACUCUAAGAUCCCGGGUUUCAUCCCAGGGAAAUAGCAGCUUUGAAAGUGGUGGUAUACCACAGAAACGGCCGAAAACGGAAGACAAAUCUGCCUUUGUAAACUACUUUAUAAAGAGAGAGAGUACUGAUUGCACUUCUAGAACUAACACUCUUAUAAAAAACAAUGAACUAACAGUGUCCUCUGAAAGUUGUAUUUCUGCUAUUAGUCAGGAUAAAAAAGUUAGUUGUCCCGUUUGCCAGACCGAGGUUUUGGAGGCCAAAAUAAAUGAACACCUAGACUCGUGUCUGAUGUAACCUUUGAAAUGCAAUAUCACAAUUAAGUACUAAGAAUUGUUUGAGAUCUUCAAAUUACAUUGCUCAGGAUUUAUCCAAUUAUGAUCGUUGUGUGCCUGUACCCUGGCCUGUAUUGUCCAAGCUGGAAACUUUCCUAUAUGUGUAAAGUGGAGUCUGAAUUUCAGCAUGAAGGGAGGGCAGUUCUGAUAUUUUUUUUUUUUUUUUUUUGAGUUGCAUGUUAGGAUCGUGCAUGUUACUCUCAUGGUGCUUGUGUCCCAAAGAGCCUAAAGGUAUAUAUGUACACUACUAAGCCUACAUCAGCAAAUUAUGCCAGCACAGGUGACAGAAGGAGGAAUUCUGUUGGUGUGGGAACAGCGCCUCCCUGAACGAUAUUAGCUGUGCCAACAGAAGCCCUCUUCUGUCCAUAUAGCUGUCGUCUGUGCUGGUAGUGUAGUUGGAAUAAGUGUGUUGCUAUGAGGUAUGGUUUUUCUACACCCCGACCAACAUAGCUAUGUCGAUAUAAAUUUUGAAGUGUAGACCAGGCCAAAUACACUCCUGAUUUUAGUAAGUGCAAUUGUGGUUGGGUCACAUUUUUACUGCAGAACCUAAGAAAGUCUUUUCCCAUGGUAACACUUAUUAGAUGAUUUCUAAAAGCAACUUAACGUUUUAACCAUGUUUUGUCUUUUUGUACUUUUUCCUCGGUCCCCAAAAUGUUCUUUAACUCAUCCCUGGUCACCUUUAAAUUUAAUUUCUAAAUUUUCCCCUUCCACAUACACUGAUGCCAACUUAUCAGUUUACCACAAUGAAAAUGUGUUAAAUAGUGGGCAUUUUUUUAUAUAUAUUCUUAUAACACCAAAUAUUGUGUUUAGGCCACAGCUACCGACUCUCCAGAGAUCAGUUUCGCCCAAAACUUUUUAAAGGGCAGGUAGGAAUGAGGGUGGAAUUAGAUUUAAAUUAUGGCUGUGUCCACACUGCCAGCGAGGGGUGUGAUUCCCCUGCUCAUGUACACAUACUCUGGCUCUUUUCAAUACAUAUUCACUGAUUUCAGGUGGGUAUGCACUCAGCUCAGCCAUAUCUCUGCUGCUGCUACCGGUGUUGCUGCUGCUACAUUGCUAUUUAUAUUUGCACUAGCUGGAUGAGAGUGCAAGUAUAUAUAAACAACCAGGGGAAUCACACCUCUCGCUGGCAGUGUAGACAUAGUUUAAGUCUUCAGCAAAAAUGGGGAGUAGCUUAGAAGUUUAAAAAAAAAAUACUGUGUCUGUUUUAGCAUAAUCUUGAGUAAGUGGAGAGCAUGGGUAGAAAAUUAGUGAUAUGGGAGGGAUUCUAGAUACUUAACAUUGCUUGAUGCAUUUGAUGGAGCAUUAGGCCGUAGACUUAAGGCCGUAUUAGAGAUACAUACUGGGUUUUGAAGCAUUGGUUAAGAGGGACAGAAAUAGGAGCUGAGGAAUUUAAACAUCCUUAUAGCAUUAAGGCAUAAGAUGGGUUAAUUUUUGUUUGGCCGCUUUCGUGUAUUUGACCCCUCAAGGCUAAAAGCACCAAGAGUAAAAAUAGGGCUCAGUGCAAGUAGCAAAACUAGAAGACCUUGUCAUAUCACUAGUCCUGCUACAGAAUUCUAACUGAAGGCCUGAAUUUAAAUGCAGAUUUCCAAUUGAAUUCACGUUGCAAUCAUUGGCAGAGCUUUGCUUUGCUUCCUUAUCAGCCUAAUUAAUAGUUCAGUCAAUAUAUGCUAACAGCAUUCUAUUACAUGUUAUGAAUACCAAGUAAGAUGUAUAAAGCCUACUGAAAUGUUUACAGUUCUGUUGGUGCACUAAAGGUAUUUGACUGGUUUGGGCAAUACUGUCACAGUUUAAACUAGCUUUCCCAAUGAACAUAUUAUACUCUAGGUUGCUUUUUGAAUUGCUGGUAGGUAUAUAUGGUGGCUAUGAUGCAGACAAAAGUGUAAAAACAGGUUGUCUCGUUAUAAAUGUAAUGUGAUUUACAGUUGAUUUCCUCUGAGAUGAGGAAUAAACAGAUCAGACAGUUACAGAAUUUGACCAGUGCUAACUAAUAUCUGAUUUCAAAGUAUAGGAAAAAAACUAAGAAUGCAUAGAAUGUACUUUUUUUUUUUUUAGAAACUGAAUUUUAAAAUACUGACAUUACUGAAAUGUUUUAAUGACCUUAACAAAAAUGUCUUGCAUAUUCUGAAUAAAUCAUGAUGCUGAA